UGACGCACUCAUAGACCAAUUGCUGCUGUGUACACUGGGCAUUUGCCAGUGUAACAACAGUAGCUUAUAACUGUGUAGAUAGGACGUAGUUAAUAUUCAAACUGGUCGAAGGGGAUAAACUCUGGAAGAUUGCCUGUAAAGCCAUCAGAGGCAGUUUGGGGUUCAGUAUCUGUCUUAAGGACACUCUGGAAUGGAGACAGGAGGUGCUGGGAAUUGAACCACUGACCCUCUGAUGUCCAGGGAACAGCUUGUUGUUCAACGGGCCAGGAAGUCUUUCCAGACAGGAAACACCAGGCGUCUGGAGUAUAGGAUCCACCAGCUGAAGGGUCUGCUCCGCUUCAUCACAGAGAGACGAAAGGACAUUGCAGAUUCUGUUAAAAGGGACCUUGGCAAGAGUGAACAUGCGACGGACCUGUUUGAAACUCUGGGACUGGAGGGGGAGAUCAAGCUGGCGAUAGAGAAACUGGCGGAGUGGGCAGCUCCUCGACCUGUGGAGAAGAACCUCCUCACCUUACUAGAUGAGGUUUACAUCCAGCCUGAGCCCCUGGGAGUGGUGCUUAUUAUUGGAGCCUGGAACUACCCCUGGGCUAUCACACUCCAGCCGCUGGUUGGUGCUAUAGCUGCAGGUAAUGCAGCAGUAAUAAAGCCAUCUGAGGUCAGCUCACACUCUGCCACGGUCAUGGAGGAGCUUCUCCCUCAAUACCUAGAUAAAGACCUGUACCCAGUUGUGACAGGUGGAGUGUCAGAGACCCAGGAGCUGCUAAAACAGAGAUUUGACCACAUUUUCUACACAGGAAACAGCACAGUUGGUAAACUGGUGAUGGGGGCUGCAGCUCGCCACCUCACCCCAGUGACCCUGGAACUGGGAGGGAAGAGUCCCUGUUAUAUUGACAAGAACUGUGAUCUCACCAUUGCAUGUCGUCGCAUCACAUGGGGAAAAUUUGUCAACUGCGGUCAGACAUGCAUUGCUCCAGACUACAUUCUGUGUGAACCCUCCAUCCAGGACAGAGUAGUGGAGGAGAUUAAGAAGAGCAUUAAGGUUGGUCUGACAUCAAUGUUUAGAACAGUUUUCGGGAAUUUCACCCAAAAAAAAUGUAUCGGUGUAUAUGGGCAAUUUUAUUUUCAAUCUGAAGAAACUCUUAUAUAUGUUUUAUGCAACACAUCACAGGAGUUUUACACCGAUAAUCCAAAGACCUUCGAGGACUAUGGACGCAUCAUCAACCAGCGACACUUUAAGAGGGUCAUGGCUCUGAUGGAGGGGAGCACAGUUGCUGUUGGUGGAGAGAGUGAUGAAUCCCAAUGCUACAUCGCCCCGACUGUGCUGAAAGAUGUUACGGAGACAUCUAAAGUGAUGAAGGAGGAGAUCUUUGGGCCACUCCUGCCAAUCAUCACUGUGAGCAAUGUAGACGAGGCCAUCCAGUUCAUUAACGAGAGAGAGAAACCGCUGGUGGUCUAUGUGUUCACCCACGACAACAAGCUGAUCAAAAGGGUGAGAGCUGAGACAUCUAGUGGAGCUCUGCUGGCUAACGACUGUCUGGUCCACUUUACUGUCAGUGCGCUGCCCUUCGGAGGAGUUGGUAACAGUGGUACGGGCUGCUACCAUGGCAAACACAGCUUCGAUCAGCUGAGCCACCUGCGCAGCUGUCUCAUCAAGCAGCUGAAGUUGGAGGGAGUGAACAGCAUGCGUUACCCCCCGCACACUGCCAAGAAACUAAGCUGGGCUCGAUUCUUUCUGCUCAAACAGGUCAAUAUGUGCAGGCUGCGCCGCAUGGCCCUGCUCGCCAUAUUCACCGGCUUGGCUGCAUUUCUGGUUCAGAGGUUCCUGCGAAGAGGCUAAUAAGCACAAACUGAAACCCUCAUCCUUGGACAGCCACAUGGACUUAUUUCCCCAUAAUAAAAUAAGACACUUGUGUGAUUUAUUGGUCCAUAUCAUUUCUCAUUUCUAGACAGAUUGAUCUGAUUUGUCUUUUAAAUAUGUUUCUCACUUCUUGUUUCUAUUAAACUUCAAGCUGCUAUUAGAGUUUUUAUUGUCUUUUUCUCAUUUUUUUAUAAAUCUGUAAUGUUCUAAUUUAAGCUGGUAAAUGAAGAAUUUGGUAUUAGAAUUUGACAUCAUUUUGACCAGACUACCUUUAAUAUGUUCAUUCAUCACAGUGAUUACCAUGUGUGCUUUUAAUCCAUGUGUGAUUUCACUUUGUCUCCUGAUAAUAUUUUAUUGUGGUUUCUGCAAUUAAACAUCACCCAAAACGUG